UGGUGAUCGCUGAUUGGUCAGGCCUCUUGUAUUCAGUUGGCGCCACUGCACGCCUUCGUGAUAUCCGCAGCGCGUUCUUUCCACAACAUUACUCCUAUUUUGCCAGUAUUAUCGGUUUAACUGUGACAGAAUGGCGGAUAAAGAAGCUGCGUUUGAUGAUGCUGUGGAGGAAAGGGUGAUCAAUGAAGAGUACAAGAUCUGGAAAAAGAAUACACCUUUCCUCUAUGACCUGGUCAUGACUCAUGCUCUGGAGUGGCCCAGCCUCACUGCCCAGUGGCUGCCAGACGUCACCAGACCAGAGGGGAAAGACUACAGCGUGCACAGGCUGGUUCUCGGGACACACACCUCCGAUGAGCAGAAUCACCUGGUAAUUGCCAGUGUUCAGCUCCCAAGUGAUGAUGCCCAGUUUGAUGCCUCACACUACGACAGUGAGAAAGGAGAAUUUGGCGGCUUCGGGUCUGUGAGUGGGAAGAUAGAGAUUGAGAUCAAGAUCAACCACGAGGGAGAAGUGAACAGAGCACGCUACAUGCCUCAGAAUCCCUGCAUCAUUGCCACCAAGACCCCAACUUGUGAUGUGCUGGUCUUUGACUACACAAAACAUCCCUCCAAGCCUGACCCUUCUGGAGAAUGCACCCCAGAUCUACGCCUGAGAGGUCACCAGAAAGAGGGCUAUGGCCUCUCCUGGAACGCAAAUGUCAGCGGUUGCCUCCUCAGUGCUUCAGAUGACCAUACUAUCUGCAUGUGGGACAUCAGCUCAGUCCCCAAGGAGGGGAAGAUUGUGGAUGCGAAGACCAUCUUCACAGGCCACACUGCUGUCGUGGAGGAUGUGUCAUGGCACUUGCUCCAUGAGUCGCUCUUUGGAUCUGUGGCUGAUGACCAGAAACUCAUGAUCUGGGACACGCGGUCCAACAACACCUCCAAGCCGAGCCACGCAGUGGACGCGCACACAGCUGAGGUUAACUGCCUUUCCUUCAAUCCCUACAGCGAGUUCAUCCUUGCUUCUGGCUCAGCAGAUAAGACUGUGGCUCUGUGGGAUCUGAGGAACCUUAAACUGAAGCUGCACUCAUUCGAGUCUCACAAGGACGAAAUUUUCCAGGUUCAGUGGUCUCCUCAUAACGAAACCAUCCUGGCCUCCAGCGGCACAGACAGGAGGCUCAAUGUGUGGGACCUAAGCAAGAUUGGAGAGGAACAGUCACCAGAGGAUGCUGAGGACGGUCCUCCUGAGCUGCUGUUCAUCCACGGAGGACACACAGCUAAGAUCUCAGACUUCUCUUGGAACCCCAACGAGCCAUGGGUCAUUUGUUCUGUAUCAGAAGACAACAUCAUGCAAGUCUGGCAGAUGGCUGAAAAUAUCUACAACGAUGAGGACCCAGAAGGUGCUGCAGACACAGAGAUUCAGGCAUGAGUCCAGCCUCCAUGUCUCCUCAUUCGACCUGCUCGUGAAAAAUGGAUCCUUCAUCCAGUGCUCAGUGAAUAAGCAGUGAAGUGGUUAAAAGCGUGUUUUUGGCGGUGAUGAUUGUUGUCAGUUUAAGAAUAAAUGCUGCGUUGUCGUCAUGUCGUGAACUAUUCAAAGUAAGUCUGUAUCAGUCUGAGUUUUAGAUAUUUUGAGUUUUUCAGACUCUGAGUAAAAUCAACUCUGGCUCAUGAUGAAACCAUAAAAGAUACACAAUCUUCA